GCGCCACCCACCCAUGCAUCCCAUGAGCGAGCAAUCAAUUGCCACCUCGCAAACCAUGUUCCUCCUGCACACUCGAUCACGACGACACGACCCCCGAUAGUCAUAGCCAUUGUUCACGCUCGUCCACGCUCGUCCACACUCGCCGCUCCUCUUCGCACGUCCCAACGCCAACACGCCCAUGACAAGCUCAUGACCCUGCCGCAUCUCCUCGCGGCAUGUCGGCAUAUCAUCUGAACCAGCUGUCGGUCCAGAACACCGGCUUCCAACACCAGCAGCAGCUUCAGAUCCAGCACCAACAGCAGCCACAACAGCAGCAGUAUGCACAGCAGGCGCAGAUUCAGCAAUGGCCGCAAGCGCAACUGGUGGUACAGCAACGUGCGCAGCCUGGGUACUCACCGGCGCGCGUGACAGACACCUCGGUGAUUCGCACACCGCAAACGCAGUCUCAGCCUCACCACGCUUAUCAGGCGCCCUUUCCACACGUACACGCUCAGCAACAAAUCUCGACAUCGUUCCAGCCGCAAUUGCAGCAACAUCAGCAGCAGCAGCAGCAGCUUCAACACACUCCAGACCAACCGUCCCAGCAACCUCACCAUCAGCCGCCUCAGCCGCCUCCACAACCUUCCUUCCAGACACCCUCGGCGCCAGGAUGGUCACCUCACAACGGCAUGACGCGGCCGCCGAUCGGGUCCCAGCCCCUCGCGUCCCCUCCCCUCGCCAACGGGCAUAUUCAAGGCCAAGGGCAGGCUCUGGGGGGCAUUGAGCAGUCACCCUAUGCCCAACGACAGUCGUGGUCGAUGCCGUCGACCGACUACGGGCAGUAUGGCGGGCAGCAGCCAUCCGCGCAAUUUCCCCAACAGCUGCAGCACACCUCCCAUGCAAUGCAGCACGUGCAGGUUGUAUCGCAAGCGUCGGCGACGGCACAUUUCGCCACACCAACGCCUUCCGCCCAAAAUCAGCUGCAAGCGCAAGCGCAACAACAGCAACAACAGCAACAACAGCUGCAGUUGCAGGAGCAGCAGCAGCAGCAGCAACGGCUACAGCUACAGCAACAACAACAACAGCAGCAGCAGCUUUCGCGGCAAUUGCAGUACCAGUCGCAGCAGCCGCCGCAAAGACAUUCGUACCAGCCCCAACAGCAGCAGCCACGACCACAACAGCGGCCACCACAACUCACUCCGCCUCCGCCACCCCCAGCACAACUUCAACAGCAGCAGCCUCAGCAGCAGCAGCCAUUGCCGCAGCAUCAGUCAUGGCAGCAGCAGCAACAGCAACCAUCUCGGUGGCAGCACCCGCAACAGCAGGCGCAGCAAAUUCCUUCACCAUCCGUGCAGCAGCAAACGCAGCAGAUCCAACAGCAUCAACAACAGCAACCGCAACCCCACCUACAGCAACAGCAACAGCACCAUCAACAACAGCAACAACAACAACAACAACAUCAACAACUGUACCCUCAGGAUCCGCGGCACCCACCAGCAUCACAGUCUCAGCAGCCACUUCAAUCACACCAAACCCCACCUAACCAGUCGUGGUCGACACCAUCCUUCAGCGGGUCUGGCCUCAACAUGAAUGGUAGCACAUCCAGUGUGGCCACUGCUUCUCUACCUCACGACCUUGGAGGGCGAACGCCGACGAUCGCGCAGCCGCUGUCACAUCUUCCCUUCGCACCCGCCGCGUCAUUGGCCCCAAACCCAACCGCGGCUGGGUCAGCGUCGUCGACCCCUCCGUUCAGUUCCGCGCAAUCGACCCCUUCAUUCGCUCAACCUGCACUUCCACAGAAUCCACAAGGUUCGAAUUAUGCUCAACAGACUCUACCUAUGAACGCGCUGCCCAACGGCCUUCCCGGCCAGUCAACUCCAUUCAGCUCGACGUCCUCUCUCCCGAGCUCCUCCCCGCAUCGCCCUCAACUCUCUCAAAACAGCUCUUUCACCUCGUCGCCUCACAGCUCGGUUCCGCCACCGGAUCCUUCGCCGCAGACGAGCUCCUCGCCCUACUCAAUUUCGCUUGCUCAGGGCUCGCCCUUGAACAACUCCCUCUCCAAUUCGAGCUGGUCGCCGAGUGGCGCGUUAUUACAAUCCUCACAGGUCUCCCAGGCGAAAGGGCACCAAGGCAUGGCUCCCCCUCAGCCACCAGCCUGUGCGUCGGAAAUCUCGCAGGUAUCGCCUACGACCUCUUCGUCCUACACCAAGGGCAAGAACCGCACGCAUGCGCUCGCCCCCGCCGCCGCGGCACGGGUGCAAGAUAUUGCUCGCCGUUGCGCCAUCGCCGCCAAGGCGACGAGGACAGCCAAGCGCGCGCCUUCAGCGACGUCACGCAGUACCGCGUCCAGCGGUUCACCGGGGGAUCAGCACCGCGCGGCUGUCAGCGGCGCUAGCCUGGGCCCACCGCUUGAAUCGUUCACUGCGAGCAACGAGAUGCCUCCGCCGCCUGUGCCGCAGCAGGCGCUCAGCGCGCCUCCAGCAUCGUUUAGCCAUCCCCUCGCGAAUGGGACUGCGCCGGUCCAGAACGGCACUGCAAGCGCAGAGGUGCAGAAUUAUGCAUCCUUCGCGCCUCAACCUCUCCUGCAGUUCCAACAGCCAGUCCCGCAACCGCUGCAGCAGUGGUCUUGGGCGCCGGCCGGGCCAGGAUGAACCUCGCGCCAAUCUCGGCAAAUCUCAGGCUUCUAUCUAGAUUCACUGGACACUUACUUUAUAGUGCCGCCACGAGCCACGACGGUUCCGCACUCCUUCGUCUGGAACGCCUGUACACACGCUGGACGAAAGCGCUGCACGGCAGUCACGUCAAAGCGAUUUAAUCCUUCCUCCCGUACCAGGUAUAUUGCGUCUCCCGCUAGCAUUGAACGACUCCGCUAGCAUCUGUAUACACGGCUGUAUGCUAUGCGACUGUAUCUUUAGA